AUGCAAGACUGCAAAGACAAAAUUGACUAUCAUCUCCUCAUCCACAUAGCUGGCUCUCUCCGACCGGGACAUACAUGUCACAUCCCAGGUCUGGAUACCUCCGGACGACUGAAACAUCCUCCUCAAGGUGGAAGAAAUGCUCACAUACCUCUGGUAUUCGACGAUGAUGUCAAGUGGAUGGCGAGGGUAAGGAUGGAAACGGGCCAAUAUCCUCACCGUCAAGUCAAUCAUAUCAAUUUGCUAAGCGAAGCCGCUACGGUCGAGGCUUUGUCCACAGGAGGGGUAUUGGUCCCUUGUGUCAAAUAUCGACCGUCUUCCACCAUAGGUAGGUAUUCAAUCAUACAUUGCCUAUUUGACAUUGACUACAAAGAUCCGAGUACGUCCUUGUUUUACAUCACAACUUUCGAAGAGGGCAGGGAAAAACGAGCUACAAUCCGAGCUCUGACGGAUUGGUACAUUUCACUGGAGAAAGUAUCUUUCGACAAGGUAGGAAGCCUUCACUAUAAUUCUACCGGUGGUAUCGUCGUCGGACCUGAAAUAACGCGUCAUCAACUAUUACCAGACAGCCCAUUCUUCCUGGGACCUUUCGAUACCGUCAAACAACGUUACCUGGCCCUCAUCGAUAAGAUUCUGGAAUACAUCGAGCAGGAUACUUGGUGUACUCCUGAGAAAGUAGUGCAGGAAUACCUAAUACAUCUCGAGGCCAGAGAGCUGGUCGAAGCAUGUGAAGAAAUGGACGAAGAUGGUCCUUACUAUGUAGUACAUGGAGAACCGAAGGGAGAUCAUUUGUUGUUUGAUGGCAAUUGGAACGUGACAUCAGCUAUCGACUGGGAAUGGUCUUACCUCUCGAAUAAGUACGAGGCUUUUGGUGCUCCUAGUUUAUUCUGGAACCAUGAUUUCCGACGCGAUGGUCUUAACGAUCCAUCAGCAUCGGAACGAGAAUAUGCUCAGGAGUUCGUCAAACGAGGAAGGGAAGAUCUGGCGGAUUGCGUAUUGAGACGAAGUCGGAAAUAUCAACGUUUAACUGAUCUUCUUCGUGAAGGCAUCAAUUUCGUGCAAUGUGUCAACGCAAUGAAACGGGCAUUUCUCGAUCAAUCGGAUACGUACGCAGAUAAGCAGCCACAGACGAUGGAGGAAUGGGUGAUGGAACAAAAAGCGAGAAGGAAAGACGACGAGAAGUUACGGAGGUUGUUGGAGUUGGAGAUGAUGUGGAGAGAGGGAGAUGAGAAGAGAAGGAUAUUUGUGGAAGGGAAGAGGGCGGCGGCGGGCAUUGCAUGGGUCAGGCGAUCUCAUCUUAUGGAAGGGACUGUGGAAGAGACGAUGGAUAGGGUCAGAUUACAUGUUGGAAGAUGA